UGUGGGAUCUUAGUUCUUCACACUCACAAGGGAAACAUACUUCAACAGCAUCAUCAUCGACUAUCCAAUCGAAAAUCCGGAUGUUAAACCUGAAUCUGAGCAUUGCUACUUAGAGAGGGAUGAGUCGCCAUGGAAAGGUGCAUUCAGAGCCGAAUUCAGCGAAGAGUACGCCGACGAGGAGUAGUUCAAGAGUUUGGCUAGGUGGAGUUUCUGCUGUGAGUAGAGUCUCUCAGGUCAUCGAAGGGAGAGGCGGAGUGAACGCUGGCUCCUCUUCUAGAGUCUCGAGAGGGAUUUCAAUGAUCGAUGAUUCUGAUUUGUCCAAUGAUGUUCCACAUUUCGAGCUGGAUGAAGAUCCUUCGUUUUGGACUGAUCACAAUGUCCAGGAGAGCGCAGAGACUUUACUGUGGAUCGGACCUCCUGAGCCUAGAUUUACGUUUGAUCAUAUUGCUUGCGAGACAAUAUCACAGAAAAAGCUAUUCAGGGUGGCUGGCUUGCCCAUGGUGGAGAAUUGUAUGUCUGGUUAUAAUAGCUCCAUGUUUGCUUAUGGUCAAGCAUUAACUUCCUGGAGACUUUUACACAAAGAAGUUGAUUCUGGACCAUACCGGCCGACAGGUGGUGCCAAAACAUACACUAUGAUGGGUGAGAUAAAUGAGGUAGAGGGCAAUCUCAAUGAAGAUUGUGGGAUAACCCCUUGUAUAUUUGAAUAUUUAUUUUCAAGGAUCAGAAAGGAAGAAGAGAACAGGAAGGAUGAGAAGUUGAAGUUUAGUUGCAAAUGUUCCUUUCUGGAGAUAUAUAAUGAGCAAAUUACAGAUCUAUUGGAGCCUUCAUCUACUAAUCUGCAGGUCAUAAACCUGACUUUCUUGUUGUCGCUCAGAGAAGACUUGAGGAAGGGAGUAUAUGUGGAAAAUCUUAAAGAAUAUAAUGUGCGGAAUGUAAAUGAUGCGGUGAAGCUUCUGUUGCAGGGUGCUGCAAACAGAAAAAUGGCUACAACCUAUAUGAACAGUGAGAGCAGCCGUUCCCAUAGUGUCUUCAGUUGUACCAUCGAAAGCUGUUGGGAGAAAGAUUCUGCGACCGACUUUAGAUUUGCGAGGUUAAAUUUAGUGGAUUUAGCUGGUUCUGAAAGGCAGAAAAGCUCUGGUGCAGAAGGAGAUCGUCUGAAAGAAGCAGCAAACAUAAACAAAUCCUUGUCAACUAUAGGGUGAGUUAAGUCUGAGACUUAUUUCCUUCAGUCGUGUGGUCUGAGAUAUUGCGGCCUCUCUUUGAUGAUUUUUUUUCCUUCCUGUUUCGUCGCACAUUGUGCUAUCAA